UCAAAGCGCAUUCGUCUCAAGCUUACUUUAUUAUAUUCGCUCGAGGUCCAAUAAAAAUAAACUUUAAACAAUUGUUUCCUCAAAUGUGAACAGUGAAAAGUUACAAAAAAAAAAAAAAAUAAAGGAGUGUUAAAAAAAAAACCCCCAAAUGAAAUAACUUUUUUUUCUCAGAAAAAAAAAUUUUGUUGUGCAAAAAAAAAAAAAUUAACGAAAUGGAUGAGUCAACAAGAUUGACAGAUCCGCCUCAUCAUCAUCAAAAUAAUAAUCAUGAUCGCAAUCAUAAUGCUGAAUUUAGAGAUGAUGAAUGCUCGACUGACAGUGGUUGCAGUAGCGGUGGUAGUACCGGAAGUGCCGAAAGACUAUCAAAACGUGGUAGUGGUGAUAAUCGAUUUUAUGAAGGUGGAGGAAGAUUUCCCCGCACUCAUCAUUAUUUGGACCGGCUUCGAGGUCGGUCAUCGAACUCACGCUCCCAAGAGAAGCUCUCGAGGCGAAAUUGCAGUAACGAACGUAAUUCCAGGGGUAAAUCAUCUAGGUCCUGGAGUCCUAGUGAUUGUAGGUCGCGACCUUCUGCCGAGUCUCCCUUCCAUUCGCAAAGUCCCUCUGACGCUCAUAGUAGCGACAGUGAUUCCCUGCAAAGGCCAUCGGCCUCUUCAACAUUACGUAAAGCAUUACAAAGUCUCAAGAUAUCAACAUCAUCAUCAUCGUCAUCAUCAUCAUCAUCAUCAUCGGGUUGUGGUGGACGCGUUGAAAAAUUAGAAAAAAAACACAUGAAAAAAAGUCCAAAACGAAUACUUCGCAGUCCAGUUGCAUAUACUUAUGUUAAAGGCCUAUCAGGCCUACCAACACAAAGAGUUCCAAAAAUGACGACAACAACAAAUCAUCAUCAACUAAUCAUGCCUUGUAAAUGUCAAGAUUCAAUUGGAUUAUAUCGAUAAAAGGUGGUUUCAAAAUAUCACCCACAAUUUUUUUUUUUUAAUUUUUGAUUAAAAAAAUUUUCACAAUAUUUUAUUGACUGCACCCCCCUCCCCCCUUUUGCUCAUGCGAAAUUCGUACUGGACAAUGUAGAAAGGGCAAUGACCCUGUGUCCUAUUAGGAAAUUUUUAGGUGCUUUUUUGAUGAAACGAUUCAACUCGACGAAUGAUUUUCAAAUUUUUUUACUGUGAAUGAAUUUUUUCUUCUAAAAACACAUAAAAUAAUUAACAUUGAUAGAAAUUAAAUAUUAAUUAAUAAUUAAUAAAAACUUAUAUUAAUUAAUAUUAAUAGAAAAUUAUAAUCACACUG